UACACAACAACAACUACAACAACAACAAAUGUCAAAACAAGAGAAAUGUUACAACAUUUUAUAAAGCGUGAGAGAGGAGAUUGUGACAUUGUUCAGCUCUAUAAUGUAGCUAAAGGAAAUGUUGACUACCUUCGUCGUAUGAAAUUGGAAAGACGCCUAGACGUACAUACAGGAUGUGUGAACACAAUAUGUUGGAAUGACAAAGGGACGAAUAUUCUGUCAGGUUCCGAUGAUCUACAUCUGGUUGUUUCCAAUCCAUUCAUAGGAAAGGUGUUAACGAAGGUACGUUCAGGUCACCGACAGAACAUCUUCAGUGCCAGGUACCUGCCUAACGGCCUUGACAACGAGACGGUCAGCUGCUCCGGGGACGGGAAAAUAUUCUACACCCGUCUGGAGAGGCAUGAUACAGAGUGUCGUUUUGACUGCCAUUAUGGAACUACGUACAAGGUCCUGGUGAUCCCCAGUGAGGCCUCCACAUUUCUCAGCUGUGGGGAAGAUGGCACGGUCAGGUUCUUUGAUCUGCGGGCAAAAACAUCUUGCAACAAACCUUCAUGCAAAGACGAUGUGUUAAUAUCGUGUCGGAGUGCAGUGACUGCCAUCGUUGCUAACCCAGUGUUGCCAUGGCAACUUGCUGUUGGUUGUUCUGACAGCAAUGUUCGUGUGUACGAUCGUAGAAUGCUGGGAACCAGAGCCACAGGUAAUUACUGUGGUAAGGGAAUCACAGGGUUGCAGUGUGUGUUCACACCUCCGAGUCUGGAGAAGGAAUCGCAUAGAGUGACCUCCCUUAGUUACUCCAAUGAUGGACAGGAAGUUCUGGUGAGCUACUCGUCUGAGUUUCUCUACAUCUUCUCUCCACAAGAUGUUACCCAGGCAAAGUGCUUGAAAAAAGAACUUCCAGAGGAGAAGGUUGUUGCAAAGCAUUCAGCAGACUGUGAUGAUCCCAAGCCAGGCCCCUCAUCGACCCCAGAUGAAGGAGCCGCAGGGUCAGACCCAUGUCCCCAACAUCCACCGGUGAAGAGGCUCCGCCUCCGAGGUGACUGGUCUGACACUGGGCCAGGGGCUAGACCCAUACGGGUACGCUCUGAGGCAUCAGAAAUGGAGGCAACUGCGUCCAGCGUUGAUACAGGACAUGUGGCAUCUGCAGAGCCAGAGUCCAGAUCCUCUGUUAUGAACAGAAUGUCAGACCUGCUGACCCGUUGGCUUCACACGAACAUGAGACAGGGCCGGGCAACGUCUGAAAACUCUGAACUUCCGGAAUUAGUGGCAAGUAACCUCACUGAAUCAGUGGCUAGUAACCUCCCGGAAUCAGUGGCUAGUAACCUCUCUGAAUCAGUGGAAAGCAACACAUCUUGUUCUGCUUAUGAUGCCCCAACAUCAGAGAAUUCAGUGGCUGCUGCAACAACAACUGCGAUAGAACCUAUUGGAGGCGCCCAACAUUCAACAGAUGGUCCACUUGUUGGGGAUGAUGUGUCUGUAGCUAAUGCUAAACUUUCGAUAGAUGGUCAACUAACUGUUGAAAAUCCACCUAUAUUAGAUAGAACACUUAUGACAGCUGCUCAGGUCUCUAAAGAAAACUUAUCUGCAACUAGUACCACACCUUCAGAUGGCGCAUUGAAUCCAGACGACCUCUCAACAAUAGUCAGCUCCAAUAUUACCGAAGAUCAACUGACUUCAGAAUGCCUGCCAUCAAUAAGCGACCCAAUCACUACUGGAAGGUCACCCACAACCGAAUAUUCACAAGCUACAGUCAGUCCUUUGUGUAUGGAAAACACAUCAUCCAUCAGCAGCCAGCGGUACCCUAGUAAACCUCCUUUUGCUCCUUUCAAUGCAAAUCGUGAACUAAGUGUAAAUCCUUGUCUGCUUCCUCUGAAGACAGACAAUUCCAAUGAAGGUGCUGCCAAUGAUAUUACUGGUAUUGAAAUUCAGCAUGGCAUGGAGCAAUCACUACUUGGCAAUAAUUUGCUGCCGGAACCCUCAGAAAUGUUGGAAAUUGUCGACCCAGCUACAACGAACAAUGAAAUGUCAGAGUCAUUAAAGCACUCAUGUUUAGCUACUGUGAAAGCUGUUAGUACUGAUCAGCUUUGCACAGGACCGCUAGACAUGGAUGUGUUUGACUGCAGUCCGGAGUCACUUUGUUCAAAAUCGGAUGAAUCUCAAAGCUCUGUGGUGAACAAAUUGGGUGAAAUUGCAAUGGAUGACAACGACGAAAAUAGCAGAAAUUGUUUCUUAAAUAGUUACAGAAAAGACAAUGAAGUGGAAAAUGUUAGGUCUCAAACUGGUCUGUCUUUCAAUUCACCAGAGUUUGGAUUUGAUGAAGGGAGUCAGAAUAUGUAUAAUCCUUUGCAGCCUACGUCCUAUCAUGAACCUAAAAGUCAUGAACUUGAAUACUUGAACCCUUCAAUGCCAUCACAAAGAGAAAGUUCAAGUGAACUGAUGCAGUCACCGACUGCACUGAAGGAAUCCUCAGAAAUAGCUGAAGCCCGCAGUGAAAGCAUUGAUAUAAGAAAUUCAGUUUCAGCCGCUGUGCAGUCGUUGAGAGAAAGGAAUCUUGAGCCAGUUGUGUGUCUGCAUUUCUCCACUGAAGGAACCACUGCUGGCAUGAUCCGAGUAGGUUUUACACAGGUGCAAAGCUCUGAUGAUGAAAUAAUGUCGGAAAGUGUUGUUCAAGGUGAGAGAUCUGACGAUCCUAUUGCGAACAUGGAAGAUGUUGAACAUUUGAGAUCUGAUGAAAACUUGAGAUCUAAAAAUGAGCCUUGUUUGAGGGUAGAAAAUGCUCAGGUUUCGGGGGAAUUUUCAUCACAUAAGGCAGAAACAAAUACAUUUUUGAUUGGACCUAACCUUGGUGUAAAUAAUGAACAAAUACAGAGAAAUGUGAAUUCUGAAAGGAGAUUAGAUGAAGAUUCAGAUGGGGCAAGUGCAAUAAAAGUGGAGGUUGGCACCACUGGCUUUCAACCAUUCUUGCCAGAAACUUUACCAGUAGGCCAUGAACAAGCUUUCUGUGAUUCUGAACAUUCAAAAGUCGUUACUAGCAGUACUGGUGAACUUUCUGAACAAUCUUGUAACAUGGACUGUGAUUCUUCUGUCAAUGACAGCAGUAAUGAUGUGCCUACAAGUAAUCAAGUUUUAGCUGGAAAUGGGUCUGAACAGCGUGUUACUGAUUAUGCAAUCAACACAGAAAUGGAGGUAUCAGCAUCUGCUGCCAGUAGUUCUGAAGAUUUGUCCUUACCAAGAACCCAUGCUACAUCAGAAACAUCAGGUUCCUCUGGGGCUGCUGUGAGACACCGUCGUAUAGGCCAUAGUGGGCCACCUACCGGGCACUUUCAGCUCCAUGAUGAUGAUGACAGCGACAGUGGUAGUGAGGAUAAUGCGGAUGGCAAUGAUGGGGUUGGGCAAGAUGAAGCUACUCGAAGGCGCGAUCAGGAGAGAACAAGUGCGGCAUUGAAGCUGCAGGCGUUUCACCGCCUCCGUCAGAAGGCUCGGGAAAAGAAGGAGCUGGAGACGUGGAACAUGCUGCGACCUCGGGUCAUACAGAGGUUCAAAGGUCACAGGAACGCCAGGACUAUGAUCAAGGAGGCCAACUUCUGGGGCACUGACCAUGUGAUGAGUGGGUCUGACUGUGGCCAUGUGUUCGUGUGGGAUCGCCACACGGCCCGCGUCGUCAUGUUGUUGGAGGCAGACAAGCAUGUUGUCAACUGCAUUCAACCUCACCCGUAUGAUCCAGUACUUGCCACUAGUGGUAUUGAUUAUGAUAUCAAGAUCUGGUCCCCACUCCAUGAACAACCAUGCUUCGAUGAACAGUCUGCAGAUGAGGUGGUGGCAAUGAAUGCGGUGAUGCUGGAGGAGACUCGAGACACCAUCACUGUGCCCGCCUCCUUCAUGCUGAGAGUGCUGGCCUCCAUCAACAGCAUCAGAUCCGGUCGCAGAAGUGCAGAGAGAAACAGGAAUGUUGAAGACAUGCAGGAGCAAGAGGAUCAACCUUGACCUUGAGAUGAUGGUCAUUGUAUCCAUAGUUACCAAGAAAUCAAGGUCAUUUUGUCCAUAGCAACAGAUUCAACAAGGCUCUGUAUUCAUAGUAACCAUUAUUCAAGGUCACUAUCUUAUUAUCUGCAAUUUAAACAAGGUCACGGUAUCCUAUGCAUAAAAAACAAGGUAACCGUAUUGUACUUAUAGCAGAGCUUAGGUCACAUGAUUCAGGUAUGCUGAUCAUAAGGGCAUUUUUGAAGUAUUUUAGGUUUAUCUUAGAAUAUUUGCACAUAAUGAAAAUUAAAUACAUACUAUUGUCUAUUUGAGGAUAUGAAUACUUAUGGGAGAGCUUAGGUCACAUGAAAACAUAGUGAUUGAGGUCAUGAGCGUUAACAUGUAUGCUGUUCAAAAGGGGUAUUUUUAGGUGUUUUAGGUUUAUCUUAGAAUAUUUGCACAUACCGGUAAUGAGAAUAAAAUAAAGUGUUGUUUAUUUGAAGAUAUGAAUACAUAUACAAAUCUAUUGAUAGAAAAACACACAUUAGUGAAUAAUUAAGCCCAGAUUAAAUAAAAGAUAAGAAUGAAGUUCUAAGUACAUAUAGUGUAUAUUGGGAUUGUAUUUAGGGCUUGUUGGAAGGUCAAGGUCACUGUUACUUUAAUAGCAAAACAGUAUCCGAUCAAUAACUUGAGUUUAGAUGAAGAUAUUUCACUGAAAUUUUGUGUGAGGUAGCUUAAGUAAAGAUCGAGCUUGGGAUUGCUUUUGGUGUCAGUCAGGUAAAGGUCAAGGUCACUGCUUCUAAAAAUAGCAACACGGCAAACAGGUGGUUUCCUUUCUAUAAAUUAAUUCUGCAUUGACCCAUCUUGAUUAACUGUAAUGGAGACUUAGCUUUAAAUAGUAUUUUCCGGCUUGUCUGGUAAAGGUCAAGGUCACUGUUGCUAAAAAUAUUGUUUAAAGUGUCAUAUGCUGAGCUAGAGGUAUUGCACUGACAUUUUAUAUGCAGGUUGCUUGAAUACAGACUAAGCAUGGGUGUUCACUAGAGGCAAGUCCUGAAAGGUCAAAGUCAUUGUUUCUUACAAAAUAAAUAUUUCUACUCAUAUACUUAGUGCUUAAUUUGUGUAUAUUGGUGGUUAUAUGUAUACCUGGCUUGGAAUUCAAUCUGGAUCAAGGUAAAUGUAUUUAUAAAAAAGAGUGUUUCAGGUCAACAGCUUGAGUUUUUAUGUGGUUGUUGUUCUGAAGUGUUGUGUUUUUGUAGCUUUCAUGCAGACCUAGCUUGGGGGUGCAUUUUGGUCGAGUACAAAAAGGUCAUAGUUACUCAAAAUAAUUUAUCUGUUUUCGUCUCAAUAUCUUGAGUGUGGAUCAAGAUGAUGUGAUGAUAUAAUGUUUGAAGGUAAAUUAGUAGACAUAUUUACCCUCCCUUGGUGGAGAGUUUUUUUCAAUAAAAAACAAAUAACUGCGCUAUAAAAAAUAUUUGAUAUUUUAUGAUAGAAAUGCAUUCUACUAAAUCUUGUUCAUGUAAAUUAAAUAUAGAAUCCUUAUAUCAUGAAAACUCAGAAAAGAAUGCUGUUCAAUACUAUUCUAAUGUCAAAAUGUAAAGAUAUAAAGGGCUCAACAAACCUGACCUUAAAGGUUAUUAUAUUAAUUUGUUUUUAUGAAUGCAAAAUUUGUUAAACACUAUGUAUCACUUAUCUUAGCCAUUAUUGCACGCCUUUCUCAUAAUUGUAAUAAACCUUGCUCUGAACAAUUAGGGCUUAAUACAUACACUUAAAAUGUUUUCCCUGAUUAGCAAGUGCAGUCCCCACAAACUAAUCUGGGACAUCACUUAACCCUUUGCAUGCUGGGAAAUUUGUCUUCUGCUAAAAUGUUGUCUGCUGAAUUUAUAAAAUUAUCAUUUUCUUCGAUUUUUUUCAAAGAAUACAAUCAGAAUAGCAAACAGUUUGGAUCCUGAUGAGACACCACGUUCUGUGGCGUCUCAUCUGGAUCCAAACUGUUUGCAAAGGCCUUUAAAAUUUGGUUCCAGCACUUAAAGAGUUAACGCCAAUGCAUUAAGCCCUGUUUUCUCAGAGCGAGGCUUUAAUUCAUUUAUAAGAUGUAAACAAAAAAAGAGAAGUAAGCUCAUAGAAGCUCCUUUUCGCCGACUUGUUUUGAGAGUUAAGUUUUUUUAUGUAUGUUUUUAUGGUAUAUGCAGCUUUUCAAAUAAUGGAUUGUUUAAAUGUGAAUCAACCACUGUGUUGAUUGCAAACUGGUUCUGUAUUUUGUCGUAAUCUAUUGUCUGUCUUAAAAACAUUUUUUGUGAAUCUGCUUUUUAUAUUUUGAGGUGUUUGAUUACAUUAUAAGCUCGGCUGUUUUCGGACAGUACCUGAGGUUUUGUCAUAGCCAGCUCUUCGUGUCGUCUGCCGGCGUCAUGCUAAAACCUUGACAUUUUGAUCUAAAAUCAAAGUGCUUCCACCUACAACUUUGAAACUUCAUAUGUAAAUGCACCUUGAUGAGCUCUACACGCCACACCCAUUUUUGGGUCCCUAGGUCAAAGGUCAAGGUCACUGUGACCUCUAAAAAAAAAUCUGACAAGCUUUCGCAGCCGAGCGUGGCACCCGUUAUGCGCUGCUCUUGUUUUACAUAUAUCAUAGUGUUCAUAUCAGAUAUAGAAAUAUUAUAUACCAUUUUCAUUAUCAACACAGCAUCUGUUUACAGUCUUUUUGAGUUAUAUUUAUUGUUUAUUUAAGGGUGUAUGUUAUUCAAUGAAUUGAUUGAUUUGUGACUUGAGAUUAGUUUUAAUUUACUAGUAUAAGGUUUGUUUAUGGCUUGUUUUACAUAAAAUCGUGAUUCAAUUACAAAUGAAAAUAUU